CGAGUUCCGAGUUUUGCACCGCGCCCCUCUUCCUUCAGUCCCGCCGGGACGUCCCCGACCAGAGGUGACCUCCUAGCAGGGGAGGUCUCCAAACCCCAGGCCCUGCGGGGCGGGCGCCCCGGGAGGGUGCUGGCGGGGCGAGGGGCGGGCGCUCAGGGCGCGGCCGGCGGCUACUCGUGGGCCGCACUGGGCCGGGGGUGCCCUCCCUCCGCCUCUUCCUCCGCGGGCCGGGCCGGGCCGGGGCGGAGCGGGGCGGCGGCAUGGCGGGCCGGCGGGCCGGGGCCGGGACCGGGGUCUGGAGGCUGCUUGCGCUGCUGGCGCUGCGGGCGCUCGGCGCCGCGGCGCACCCGCAGUGCCUGGACUUCAGGCCGCCCUUCCGGCCCCCGCAGCCGCUGCGCUUCUGCGCGCAGUACUCGGCCUUCGGCUGCUGCGCUCCCGAGCACGACGCGGCGCUGGCCCGGCGCUUCGGGGCCCUGGCGGCGCGCGUGGACGCCGCGAUUUGGGCCGAGUGCGCCGGCUACGCGCUUGACCUGCUGUGCCAGGAAUGCUCGCCGUAUGCGGCCCACCUCUACGACGCAGAGGAUCCGUCCACGCCCCUGAGGACCGUGCCCGGGCUCUGCGAGGACUACUGCCUGGACCUGUGGCAGUCGUGCCGGGGCCUCUUCCGCCACCUGUCGCCCGACCGCGAGCUCUGGACGCUGGAGGGCAACCGUGCCAAGUUCUGCCGCUACCUGUCCCUGGACGACACGGACUACUGCUUCCCGUACCUGCUGGUCAAUGAGAACCUCAACUCCAACCUGGGCCGUGUGGUGGCCGACGCCAUGGGCUGCCUGCAGCUAUGUCUGGAGGAGGUGGCCAAUGGGCUGCGCAACCCCGUGGCCAUGGUCCAUGCCCAGGACGGCUCCCACCGCUUCUUCGUGGCCGAACAGCUGGGGCUGGUGUGGGUCUACCUGCCUGACCGCUCGCGGCUGGAGAAGCCCUUCCUGAACAUCAGCCGGGCCGUGCUCACCUCGCCCUGGGAGGGCGACGAGCGGGGCUUCCUGGGCCUCGCCUUCCACCCCCGCUUCCGGCACAAUGGCAAGCUCUACGUCUACUACUCAGUGGGUGUGGGCUUCCACGAGUGGAUACGCAUCAGCGAGUUCAGGGUCUCAGAGGAUGACAUGAACGCUGUGGACCACGACUCGGAGAGGAUAAUCCUGGAGAUCGAAGAACCAGCCUCGAACCAUAAUGGGGGCCAGCUGCUCUUUGGGGAUGAUGGGUACCUCUACAUCUUUACUGGAGAUGGCGGGAUGGCUGGAGACCCCUUUGGAAAGUUUGGAAAUGCCCAAAACAAGUCAGCGCUGCUGGGCAAGGUGCUGCGCAUCGACGUGAACCGCAACGAGCGCGGCCCGCUCUACCGCAUCCCGUCUGACAACCCAUUCGUGGGCGACCCCGCCGCGCGGCCAGAGGUCUACGCCCUCGGGGUGCGCAACAUGUGGCGCUGCUCCUUCGACCGCGGCGACCCGGCGUCGGGCGCGGGCCGCGGGCGCCUCUUCUGCGGCGACGUGGGCCAGAACAAGUUCGAGGAGGUGGACCUGGUGGAGCGCGGCCGCAACUACGGCUGGCGCGCCCGCGAGGGCUUCGAGUGCUACGACCGCAAGCUGUGUGCCAACACCUCCCUCGAUGAUGUGCUGCCGAUUUUCGCCUACCCGCACAAACUGGGCAAGUCGGUCACUGGGGGCUACGUGUACCGGGGCUGCGAGUACCCGAACCUGAACGGCCUCUACAUUUUCGGAGACUUCAUGAGCGGGCGUCUGAUGUCCCUCCGAGAGAACCUGGGGACAGGCCAGUGGCGGUACAACGAGAUCUGCAUGGGCCGUGGCCAGACCUGUGCGUUCCCGGGCCUCAUCAACAACUACUAUCCACACAUCAUCUCCUUCGCGGAGGACGAGGCCGGCGAGCUGUACUUCAUGUCAACGGGCGUGCCAAGUGCCACAGUGGCACGUGGGGUUGUCUACAAAGUGAUCGACCCCUCCAGGAACGAAACUCAGCUGGGUCCGUCUGAAGCGUGUGGCUAAUACGUGGAGUUCAAAGCAGCCGGAAAACCCACACUUUCUGCAGCUUGGAGAAGGGUGUGAGCUGGGCUGUGUUUCAACCUCUGGGGGGAAUGGCCCACGUCCCUCCUAGGUUUCCCUCUCUUGCCCGGGCUGUCUGGAAGCCACCCCGGGUCACGUGGCUGCUUCAGCCCUUGGGCUUCCCCCUUGUGCUCUUGGGACCCAUUGAAGUCUUGGACCCACGUGGGUUGGUCCCAGAAUAGGGUCGGUCCCAUUCAAAGACUCACAGAUCAACGGCCAGAAGCUCAUUAAAAUGGGAUUCCAUUCCUUACUUGUGCCCCUCAGAGAUGUCCAAGGAGACCCAAUUCAUAGCCCUGGCAACCCUUCUCAGGCUCUUUUCUCUCCCAGCCCUCUCCAACCUCACAUUCCAAGGCCCCCAGAGCCCGCAGCUCUGCUGCCAGCCCCGAGGCUUUCUCUCUCUCCCCACUUUAUUCUUUAGAUCGACUUAACCUUUCCCUUUGAUUCUGUAUCACCAGAAAUCCCAGAACCAGAGGGGCAGAGAGAAACCCUCCUCAGAGGCUGUGGGGAAUGGGGACCAGGGUAAAGUGCAGGAAUGGGGCUGUGGUGACAGUUACAGGAGCUGGACCGGCAGGCUGGGGAGAAGGACUGUGACAUUUGAUCACAUCCCAAGGACACUUCAUGCUGAGAAUUAGAAGUGGCCCUCCUGCUCUGCAGGCAGAGGCUGAGCGGGCACUUGGCAGGCCGUUACAGGGGGGUCCUGUCCUGGGGUUGGACUCUCGGGGUCUGGGAGGCGUGGACCAGCAGGGUCACUGCUCCGUCAGUGGCCACUGUUGUUACCACGCACACGUGCCCAGGCCUGAAUGCACACCGGCCCUUUCCCUUCCUUCCUGGCUGCAGGGGGCAGGUGAUGUCGGGGGGGACAUGCUCGGGGCGGGCUCCCAGGGU